CUAUUAUUAUUAUAUCGUAUUUUCACGAUCACGUCUGAGCCGGAACGCCCGGAGCAGAAGUACACUUUCCGUUUAGACGCGCCAGCGAGAGUACGUCAGUUCAUCAGUAGCCGCAGUCGGCAGUCUCUUCUCGCACACGAACACAUAAACACGCGCGCGCGAGCGACUGGCCACGGACUCUCGUGCAAACAAUCACAAUCAUAAUAUAUUAUAUUGUUAAACAGUCGAAAGAAUAUCGACAGUGUUUUUUGUCGCAUUCUCAAUACACGCGUUCCCGUUUUCAACCCGGUUUUCGGUCAGUUUGCGAUAGAGCAAAGCGACCGAUUCACACCCCCGUCUCGUCCUUUACGUCCAGUCCUCCGCCAGAUCGCCGUCGAACCGCGUGACAAACAAUUAAAACCCAUCACAUUACAUAUUAUUAAUAUUAUUAUCAUAUCGUCGUACGUCAGCAGUUCGAGCGGGAAUACGACGUCGCAAUGGUCCGCCUAAUGAUGCACCCCGAACCGUCCAACUAUUCGUACGUGUUCGACUUCGAGGAGAACUUCCAUUACGAAUGGACGCGGCAGUGGAUGACCGAAAACUGGACCAACGGGUUCUAUUACUGUACCAUAUACGCCAUGCUGGUGUUCGGGCUCCGGCGGAUGAUGCGCGACCGGGCCGGUUUCCGGCUCAAGGGACUGCUGGUGCUGUGGAACACCAUGCUGGCCACGUUCAGCCUGGUCGGAUUCGCCCGGACGGCGCCCGAGCUGUUCCGCGUGCUCAACAAAUACGGCCUGCACCAUUCGGUGUGCGUCACCAGCUACGUCGAGGACGACCCGGUGUCUGGGUUCUGGUCAUGGCUGUUCGUGCUGUCCAAGCUUCCCGAACUCGGUGACACGAUAUUCAUCGUGCUCCGCAAGCAGCCGCUCAUCUUCCUGCACUGGUACCAUCACAUCACCGUGCUGCUGUACACGUGGUUCUCGUAUAUGGAGUUCACGUCGUCCGCCCGGUGGUUCAUCGUCAUGAACUACUCGGUGCACUCGAUGAUGUACACGUAUUACGCGGCUCGGGCCAUGGGCUACAGGCCGCCCAAGCAAGUGUCCAUGUUCAUCACGGCCAGUCAGCUGACGCAGAUGCUCGUCGGUUGCUUCAUCAACUACACCACGUACGGUUAUCUGAAAACCGGCGGCCCCCACUCGUGCCGGGUGUCCAAGCUCAACAUCACCCUGUCGUCGACCAUGUACUUUAGUUACCUGUUGCUGUUCGCCCGGUUCUUCUACAACGCAUACCUCAACAAGGGUAGCCGGGUCACCUCGUCCAAAAAAUCGUCCAAGCAACAUUGAUCUCGGACGACGGUGGGUAACGUCUUCUUCUGCGGUGGCUCCGGCUGCGGCGGCUGCGGUACGGUUGGCUUCUGUUGCUGCAAACAUCGCUGCCACUGCCGCCGCCGCCGCCGCCGCCGCCGCAAUGUGCCACCGCAGUGUGAUGUUCCGUCGCUGCUGGCCAUUGAUUUUCAAACACGUGCACUGAUAUUAUAUUAAAUACUAUUAUUUACGAGAUUAAUGCGUUGCGAUAGAAGAUCAUUAUUAUUAUUUUUAUUAUUAUUAUUAUUACUAUUAUAAAUGAGACGAACAUAUUGUGCUAAUUUUAUUUUGAUAUUUUUUCGUGCUCGAUUUCUUUAUUAUUUUCAUCCUGUGUUUUUUUUUUCUUUCUGUCUUGUUGUUUAGGAAAAGCGUUCAUUUUUAUAGACGAUAAAUAUAUAUAUAUAUAUAUUUUUUUUUUUGUAUUUUCUACUUAGUGUGUACUUUACUUCCGCGAAGAAAAGUAACGAAUCGCUGAUCGAUUAACACGGCGUUGUUUUAUAGGCAUUUUUGUUUGAAGUGCGUGUACCUACAUAGUAGGCCAACUUAGCCUAAUAAAAAAGAAAAUUUUAUUUUCCAAAA